ACAUCAAGCCUUCUCAGCCAUGAGCAACCCUUUUACACAUGCCGUGGAGCCUCUGGACCCCAGCCAAGCCACCAAGAACUUCUUCAACCUGAGCCAUUUGGGAGACCAAAGAUAUGCGCGCUUGCCGUUUUCUAUCCGAGUCUUGCUGGAGGCUGCAGUCCGGAAUUGUGACAACUUUCUGGUCAAGCAGGAUGAUGUUGAAAAUAUCCUGAACUGGAAUGUGAUGCAGCACAAGAACAUCGAAGUGCCAUUUAAGCCUGCACGAGUGAUUCUGCAAGACUUUACAGGUGUCCCUGCAGUAGUCGAUUUUGCUGCUAUGCGAGAUGCUGUGAAAGAUCUGGGAGGAGACCCGGAAAAAAUCAACCCGAUCUGUCCUGCCGAUUUAGUCAUUGAUCAUUCCAUCCAAGUUGACUUUAAUAAAAGACCAGACAGUUUGCAGAAGAAUCAAGAAUUGGAGUUCGAAAGGAACAAAGAAAGAUUUGAGUUCUUAAAGUGGGGCUCCCAGGCCUUCCAGAACAUGAGGAUUAUCCCUCCAGGCUCCGGGAUUAUCCAUCAAGUGAAUUUAGAAUACUUGGCAAGAGUCGUCUUUGAUCAGAAUGGGUAUUAUUACCCAGACAGUGUGGUGGGCACCGAUUCACAUACCACAAUGAUUAAUGGCUUAGGAGUCCUUGGCUGGGGUGUUGGUGGCAUUGAAGCGGAAGCUGUGAUGCUGGGGCAGCCCAUCAGCAUGGUGCUUCCCGAAGUGAUUGGUUACAAGCUGACCGGAAAUCCUCAGCCCCUUGUCACUUCCACCGACAUUGUGCUCACAGUGACCAAGCAUCUACGCCAGGUGGGGGUCGUGGGUAAAUUUGUAGAGUUCUUUGGACCUGGUGUUGCUCAGUUGUCCAUUGCUGAUCGAGCCACCAUUGCCAACAUGUGCCCAGAAUACGGAGCAACUGCAGCUUUCUUUCCAGUGGAUGAAGUUAGUAUCAAGUAUCUGGUUCAAACAGGCCGUGAUCCAGAGAAGAUAAAGCAUAUAAGAAAAUACCUUGAGGCUGUAGGAAUGUUCAGAGACUUCAGUAACUCUUCUCAGGAUCCAGAUUUUACUCAAAUUGUAGAGCUGGACCUGAAAGCUGUUGUGCCGUGCUGCAGCGGCCCCAAGAGACCCCAGGACAAGGUCAUGGUUUCCAACAUGAAGAAGGAUUUUGAGACUUCCCUGGGAGCCAAGCAAGGGUUUAAAGGUUUCCAAAUUGCCCCUGAACGCCAAGGCGACUCUGUGAAAUUUGCUUACAAUGAUCAGGAGUUUGAACUUAAGCACGGGUCAGUUGUAAUUGCUGCCAUUACCAGCUGUACCAACACAAGUAAUCCUUCUGUUAUGCUAGGAGCUGGCUUGCUGGCGAAGAAGGCUGUGGAAGCCGGCCUGACUGUGAAGCCGUACAUUAAAACUAGCCUGUCUCCAGGGAGUGGAGUAGUCACAUAUUAUCUGAGAGAGAGUGGAGUUAUGCCUUACCUUGCUCAGCUUGGGUUUGAUGUGGUAGGUUACGGGUGUAUGACUUGCAUUGGUAACAGUGGACCUCUUCCAGAGCCUGUCGUUGAAGCCAUUACGGAGGGAGAUCUCAUAGCUGUGGGCGUGCUCUCUGGGAACAGGAACUUUGAGGGCCGAGUCCAUCCAAACACCCGUGCCAAUUAUCUGGCCUCCCCACCGUUGGUGAUAGCCUAUGCCAUUGCUGGCACCGUCCGGAUUGAUUUUGAGAAGGAACCUCUAGGUGUAAACUCACAAGGGAAGGAGAUCUUUCUGAAAGACAUUUGGCCCCUGAGAGAUGAGAUCCAGGUUGUCGAGCGCCAAUAUGUCAUUCCAGGGAUGUUUAAAGAGGUGUACCAGAAAAUAGAGACAGUAAACAAAUCUUGGAAUGAUCUACAUGUCCCAUCAGACAAGCUCUAUGCUUGGAAUCCUAAGUCUACAUAUAUAAAAUCUCCACCAUUUUUUGAAAAUCUGACUUUGGAGCUUCAGCCCCCUAAGUCAAUAGUUGGUGCCUAUGUCCUGCUCAACUUGGGUGAUUCAGUGACUACCGACCAUAUAUCUCCUGCUGGGAAUAUAGCAAGAAACAGCCCUGCUGCCCGUUACUUAACCAGCAGAGGUCUAACUCCUCGCGAAUUCAACUCGUAUGGCUCACGCCGGGGCAACGAUGCUGUCAUGGCAAGGGGAACAUUCGCAAACAUACGGCUGCUGAACAAAUUUCUCAAGAAGCAGGCCCCGCAAACAAUCCACUUCCCAUCUAAUGAAACCCUUGAUGUCUUUGAUGCUUCGGAGAGGUACCGGCAGGCAGGCCACCCUCUCAUCGUGCUGGCUGGCAAGGAGUACGGCUCAGGAAGUUCCCGGGACUGGGCCGCCAAGGGGCCAUUUCUGCUGGGCAUCAAAGCAGUCCUGGCCGAGAGCUACGAGCGCAUUCACCGUAGUAAUCUGGUGGGAAUGGGCGUGAUUCCCCUGCAGUAUCUUCCCGGCGAGACUGCAGAGAGCCUCAGGCUGACCGGGCAGGAACGUUACACAAUCGUCAUUCCCGAGGAGCUGGUGCCCAGAAUGAAUGUUCAGAUCAAACUGGAUACAGGGAAGACCUUCGAAGCCAUCAUGAGGUUUGACACAGAUGUGGAGCUGACUUAUUUCCGUAAUGGUGGCAUCUUGAACUAUAUGAUCCGCAAAAUGGCAUCCUAGUCCCAAAAUGUGACUGUGCCAGUGGCCAGUUGUUAUGAAACCUGCCUUUUUCAUGUGGAUAAUGCACAGUAAUCAUGAGAAAUGCACAGUAAUGAUGGAAAACUUUACAUAUAGUGUCUAAAUCCUAAAGUGAAUUAAGUAUGUAUGGGUUGUAUUACUCAAGCGUAUGUUUGUGCUAUUGGAACGCAAAUCUAGGCCAAUCGCCCACCAAACAGCCUGGUUAUAUGUGAUUGCCUACAGUACCUUACAAUGUCUUUAUUGUGGGUCAGAACAAAGAGAAAUUUAGAUUAAGGCAGUGCUGCAGUUUGUGACAUCCAGACACCGUGUGACCCUUUUUAAGAUUUUUUUUCUUUUACAGUAACUGACAUUGCAGGUGUUUUCUACAUAUCUGAGAAAUUAAUGCUGAAGUACUAUUGCCGCCUUUCUUGUUAAAACAGUUAAUCAGAAUCCGUCCUUGAAGUCUAAUACUGCUGAAAUGAGUAAAUUGGGCUCUUCCUAAUCUUCCCUGCUAUGCUCCAGCCUUGUUUUUCAUCACCUUCAUUGUGGGGGAAGAGGUCAUUGGGGAUGGAGGAGCUUAAAGACCAUUUAUAAUAAAAUUUAAAUCUAUUUUCAAAA